AUGCCUUCCGUCUGCCGCUGCGCGCCCGAUGACAUCGACUGCAAGCGGAUUUUUUCCAACUACCGGCGCGACGCGGACGGCCGUUAUAUCGUGCGUUUGUCUAUGAAGCCCAAUGCUGCACCACUCCUCGGCGAUAGCCUAGCUAGCGCCCUGGCUUCACUGCAAUCUCUACACCGUCGUCUCCAGCGGGACUCAAGGAUGGCGACCGAAUAUAACCGCUUUAUGAGCGAGUACCUCGCCCUCGGUUAUAUGAAGCGGCUCUUCAGCCGAGAGCUCUCCAAACCGAGCAGCACGGUCUGCUACGUUCCGCUCCACGGCAUCUGGCAACAUGGGGACCUUGGACCAAAGUUGCGCGUCGUGUUUAAAGCCUCGCACCCAACCUUGAGUGGCAACAGCCUAAACGACAUCCUGCACUCCGGGCCGAGACUCCAGGCCGCACUACCAACAGUCCUGCUACGGUGGCGAAGACAUCGCGUCGCCUUUUGCAGCGAUGUCCAGAUGAUGUUUUGCCAAAUCUGGAUCGACCCUUGA